AUGCCCUUCGGAUUCACACACAAGCCCCUGGUGGCACUGGCAGACUCGGCCAUCUGCUCAUUCUUCCGCGAAAUCGAGGUGUACGGCGCUGAGAAUGUCCCUACAGAGGGUCCCAUCAUUUUUGCGUGUACCCAUGCCAACAUGGCGGUUGAUCCCGCCGUGCUGAGUAACACCAUUCCGCAUGGUCAUCUGCUGCACUACUGGGUCAAAGACUCGCUGUUCAAAAAUCCCGCCGUAGGGUGGCUUCUCCGGAAUGCGGGAAAUAUUGCCGUCGACAGAAAGAACAAGAACAACCAGAUGCUCUUCCGUGGAACAUUUGAGGCUCUGGCGCGCGGAGAAUCGAUCGGAGUCUUUCCCGAAGGCACUUCCCACACCGAGCCGCACCUAAUUCCCCUCAAAGAUGGUACUGCCUGGUCGGCUCUCGAAUACGUUCGCUACCUCCAGGGAACUGAAGAGAACAAAGGUGCCAAAAGUGGGAAGAAAGCGGUAGUGGUGCCGGUUGGCAUUGCCUAUGUGGACAAGUCAAAGUACAGGAGCAGUGUCGUUGUGCAUUAUGGACCCCCCAUCAAGAUGGAGGACUAUGAGGCAAGCUUCCUCAGCAACGAGCAGGGUGCAGACAAGCUUGCCGUUAAGGCUUUGACCAAGGCGAUCACGUUCGAGUUCAGGACUAUGACUGUCAACGCCCCUGACUGGAACACUUCUCUCGCUGCUCAGAUGGCCAGGCAGCUUCUUUGGCCAAAGGACAAUCUGCCCUUGGGAGAAUUUGUCCAAGUCUCUCAAACGUUGGUAGACAUCUUUUGCACUCCCAACGAAAAGAUCGAGGCUCUCAAGAACCUCCUUGCCACUUACCACCGCCUCCUCACAUCUUCCCGCCUUUCCAACUCUGCCCUCGCUGGGCUGUCCCUUCCCAACCAGCUCAACCCUAAAUUCGCCGUCACCCUGCCCAACCGCUUCUCCACCCUUUGGCUCCUGGUCAAGGAUUCGCUCAACUGCCUUGUCCGUCUUCCUUUCUUCAUUGUGCCAAUGUUGAUACAUCUGCCGGUGUAUGUGGUUGGGAUUUUGGGCGCCAGGCUGGCGGAAGAUGAGAUGGAGACACAAGCGCAGACAAAAAUCACUUUCGGGUUGCUACUGAGCUUCUUGACUUAUCCGGUCUUAUUCUUCAGUCUUUAUGCGGUCCUGAAGCAAUGGACUUUUGGUGCGGUUAUCGCAGCUGUCUCUGUCUGGAUGUUGGGCCGAUACCAUUCCACCCUUAUUGACGAAAACUACGACGCUAUGAAGAAGCUCGCCGCAGCCUGGCGUCUUGUCGUCGGCGUCUGGCUUCCCCGAGAUUUCGAGAUGCCACUCCCAGCCUUCGUCGCGCAAUACUCCUCCUUCGCUCCCGACCCUCCAAAGGUUGCCGGUCUCGCCCCCGACACUCCCAAGGAAGUCUGGAAGAAGCCCAAGAAACUAUCUUCCCGAGUCUUGGUUAGGCACGUACUCCGAGUGCGCUCCGAAGCAUUCCGGGAGCUCGUGCAGGUGUUGAGAGAGCUGGAGCAAGGGGAAGAGGUGGUGGCGCAGAGUUGGUUGGCGGAGGAGUAUGGAGGCAGGGUGCUGGAGCGUGAAAGAGAGAGGGAUGAGGUGCUUUCUGGUUGGGUUCAACCAGGUGCAGUGAGAGAUGGCAGGGAGGUGGUGAGCUUUUUGAGGGCGCGAGGGGCAGACUUGGGAGUACAGCUCGUGGAUACUGGGAUGAAGACUAGAACAGAGUAA